GAAAGGGGAGGGGGCUCCCGGCAAGACCCCCCUCCCCGAGAACCGGGGAUGCGCUGACGGUGGAGGGGCCCCCACCGGGCCGGCAGCGGCGAAGCUUUGGCCGGGCAAAGUGGGGGGCUCGUCGGAGGAGACGGCGGGAGGAGGAGGAGGAGGAGACGAAGGCCGGCCGGGCCCGCGGGCCGCUCACGCAGCCGCCGGGAUGUUGCAGAAUGUGAAUCCCCAGAGCAAGAUUUUGGGGGAGGGCAAUGCCGGCCUCAUGGCUUUGGCCACGGACUCCACGCCGGGCAAACGGAUCCGGAAACCUUCGCUGCUCUACGAGGGAUUCGAGAGCCCCACCAUGGCCUCGGUGCCUUCCCUUCCCAACCCUCAGGCGAAUCCUCCUCCUCCGGAGGUUUCCAAUCCCAAAAAACCCGGCCGGAUCACCAACCAGCUCCAGUACCUGCACAAGGUGGUGAUGAAAGCCCUCUGGAAGCACCAGUUCGCUUGGCCCUUCCGCCAGCCCGUGGACGCCGUCAAGUUGGGGUUGCCGGAUUACCACAAAAUCAUCAAGCAGCCGAUGGAUAUGGGAACCAUCAAACGCAGGCUGGAGAACAAUUAUUACUGGGGGGCGGCCGAGUGCAUGCAGGACUUCAACACCAUGUUCACCAACUGCUACAUCUACAACAAGCCCACGGAUGACAUCGUGCUGAUGGCGCAGACGCUGGAGAAGCUGUUCCUGCAGAAGGUGGCGCAGAUGCCCCCGGAGGAGCAGGAGCUGCUGCUGCCCCUGGCCAAGAACAGCCACAAGAAAGGGGCGGCGCGAGCGUGCGGGAAGGCGUUCCGGGACGGGGCCGCGCUGCGGCGGCACCGGCGCGUCCACACCGGGGAGAAGCCGUUCGGCUGCAGCGAGUGCGGGAAGAGCUUCCGAGCCAACUCUAGCCUGGUCAUCCACCGGCGCAUCCACACCGGCGAGAAGCCCUACCCCUGCUCCCGCUGCGCCAAGAGCUUCGUGUCCCGCUCGGCGCUGCAGAAGCACCUGCAGAGCCACCUGCGCAGGGAGCUGCUGGAGGGGGCGCGGCCCUGA